AUGGAGGAGGCCAUCGAAAACCGCAACCUCGACGCCCUAAAGAGGAUCUAUAAGGCGGAAAGGGAAGCAGCGUAAGUUUUUUUUGAUAAAUAUAACAGAGAAAUUGGCGAAAACCCUGAAACACCUGAACUUUUUUAAACUUUCAAGGCAAACAUCGAUUUUUGUUAACCUUCCAGCAAAGACGAUGAAUUUGUGUCGAUAAAAGUGGACGGACUGCUCAAAAGACGUGGAUUGAAGGUGGCGGAGCAGCCGGCGGCGACGAAAGAGGAACUGGCUCGGCGCCAUUUCCAAUUCGUCAUGAACUGCAUGAAAAGUGGUGAGAACAAUUUUUUUUAAAUUCUUCUAAUUUUCUGAAUGCUUGAAAAACAUGCCCAAACCAUCCUAAUGCUUUAAAGAAGUUCUGAAAUUAUUCAAAAAAAUUAAGAAAUCCGAAAAACAAUGAGCAAUUUCCAGGAAUGUGCCCCCGAACCACCCCGAUCAGCACGCUUCAAGAUUUGCUCGAGACGAGCUCAAUCGAGGAGUGCAAACAAAUUUUUUCGAUUGUGGAGGAAAACAUGCACGAGUUCAAGCAGGUAAAUCUCUCAAAAACGCAUUUUUUUUCGAUUGUUCUGCAACAAUCCCGGAAAAAAUCUAUAAAUCCCCUUUUGCAGCCCGGAACGAUGGAAUUGGUGCAGAAUUCGAUUCUCCGCUUCUGCAACGACCUUCUGCGUCGUCUGAGUCGAACCGCCGAGACGUCGUUCUGCGGAAGGAUCAUGUUCUUCUUAUCCAGGUAAUUUUCGUGUAAAAAUGCACAAGCCGCACUUUUUUUAAGGUUAGCUAUCCCAAAACUCGUAAAAACGGUAUUUAUACGAAAAAUAGUGAAAAUCGCUUCAGAUUCCUGCCGCUAACGGAAAAAUCGGGUGUCAACUUCAUGGGACACUUCAACACGCAAAAUGUGACCGCCUACGACCAGGUUUGUGUUAAAGUGCAAAUCGUCGUUGAAAAUCGCCCGGAAGUCGAUUGUUUUCGACAAAAAUGACCCACAGACGUCGUAAAAUCGCGGAUUUCCAGAGCGGAACCGACGCAGAAGCCCUAAUCGCCGCCACGUCAUCAGCGACGAUCGCAGACACUGGAGAAAUGGAAAUUGGCGAAAUUGAAGAGGAAACGGCCAAGUUAGUGACAAUUGGUCAUAAUUUUUCUGUGGAAAAAUCGCUUUUUUGCAGAGAAAUCCAGGUGACGCCGGAAAUGUACCGUCAAUUUUGGAGCCUUCAAAAAUUCAUGUCAAAUCCGAAUUCGCUGUACGAAAGGGAGAAGUUUGCCACGUUCAAAACGGUACUUUCAAAGAUUUUUAGAAUGCCUGAAAACACCACAACAAGUUUUUCAGGAUCUCUCGGCAGUGUUUUCCUUGUUCAGCGCGAAUAAACUCGAAAAAUUCCACGCGGAAGAGGAGGAGGCGGCGGAGAAAGAUCAAAAAAAGAAGAGCACGGGCGACGAGGACAUUUUCUUCUCGAAAUAUCUCACUUCUCCAAAGGUUGGCUAUUUUUUGCGAUGCAACACCUUUUUUACCUCGAAAAAUCGAAUUUCAGCUGCUGGCCCUCCAGCUCAACGACUCGUCGUUCCGCCGUUACUUCCUCAUGCAGUCCAUCAUCAUUUUUCAGUAUUUAGUGGCCGAAUCCCGAUUCAAGCCGCUUUCCAAGUACGUUUCUGGACGAGUUUAGAGGAAGCUCUCCUCGUUUUCGCAACCAGACACUUUGCAACUCAUGCGUUUCGCAACCGGCCCGGCGCAGCUCGGCUUUGACAGAUGUCCCAGUCAGUCUCUUUUCUUUCCAGAAAAAUGGUGCUGAACGAGGAGCAGACAAAAUACGUGGCCGAGUGCGAGGAAAAGUGCUACCGUUUGCUCGGCGAGACGAUGCCACGUGGCAACUCGUUCGUCGCCGGACUCCGCAAGAUUAUGCUCCGCGAGCAAGAGUGGAACACGUGGAAGAACAACAAUUGUCCGGACUUCUCGGAGAAGGCCGACAAAGCCGCGAUGCAAAUGUACAAAAAGUAGGGUGUUUUCAGUCAACAACAAAAACAACAGAAAAAGACGGCAAACAAGUUCCAGACGUACACGCGUGCCGUUCAAUCCGAACUCGCUCGAUUUGGGCACUCCGGAGCUCACGAAACUGUGGACGAACGAGCCCGACGUGCUCGCCGCGUGCAAAUCGCAAAAACGGUAAGGAAAAACUGAAGAAUUGAACGGAGUUUCAAAGGCCUGAGUCUACUUUAGUCUACUUGCAAUUAGCCGAUCGGACCCAAGCUUUGCAGGCUUCUUGGAUUGAAGUAUUUCGGGUCCUGGUUUGAGGCCGAAACGACAUCGGGACCAGACCCAAUAACCUUCAAUCCAAACCCAAAAAGCCUGCAGAGUUUAGGUACGAUCGGCUAAUUGCAAGUGGCCCAAAAGUGCGCCACCUUUUGGGCAGAGCUCUGGAAAAUUCUCCUCAAAUUUCCAGAAAAUUCUGUCCGACACUAUCGGAUUUCAUACGCGAUCCGCUGGACGAAAUGGACCCAGAGCAGCAAGUCGAAGAGCAGUACAAGUCGAUAAACGACGCGGCGUUCCAAUGGCGCGCCGCCCGUCUCCUCAUGGCCAAAUCGCCGGGAUACGUGGCGAAAAUGGACAAAAACUCGGAGCCGACAAGCAAUAUGAAAGAGUUUUUGGAGCGCACCAUGUACAACACGGCCCGAACUAUUGAGGUACCCGGCUUUUGUGGAAAUUUUAGCUCGAUGGAAAACGUCUGAAAAUUGGCAAAACCCCGGUUUUCUUUUUUUUCAGGAAUUCAAAUCGGGCAUAGAUGCACGUGAGAAAAAGGAGGCGGAAGCGCGGAAGAAGGUCGAAGAAUCGUUGAAACGAAAAUUGGAUUCCACUAAAGUUCGGCCGAGGUACAGCAGUUUGCCUGGCAUUUCCUGGAAAAUGUGAAGCAGCACAGUUUCGCCGAGGUUACGCCGUACCGGAAUUGUGCCUCGGAACAAAACCCGUCUGCGCGUGGUUUUCGUUUAAAAAAUCACGCGAAGACAGGUCUUGUUUCGGGGCACAGUUCUAGCUCGGCGUAGCCUCAAUUUCUCAAACAGCGAGAAGCGGAUCGUUCGCCCAGGCCUGCUAAAAUUCUCCAAAAAUCCGAACCUUUUUUGCAGCACAGUAUCGUCGCCGAAUCCGUACGCGGAGACCCUGACCGACGAGCAUUUAUCACAAUUGGCGGCCGAUUUAUCAAAAUUCGCCGGUCAACUCGCCGAAGUGUUCGGAUAUUCCGAUGCGGAAACGCAGGAAAAACUGAAAAAAGGAGCGGCGGCUCGACGGGAAUUGUGCUUCAGAAUGCUGCGCGAGUGGGCCGAGAAGAACGGACGAAACGGGCGGAGCCUUCUGACGACGUUGAUUCAGACGGACGCCGAAGUGGUGAAUGCGGCACAGGAGACGCUGAAGGUUCGAGGAGAAUUCAGGAAAAAAUCUAACGUUUUAAAGAAAUUGUUUCAGAAAAUGCAGGAGACGACGGCGUGA